AUGAAGUACAACCUUGUAUUGGCCGCGUUGGCAGCCGGUCUGAGCACCGCCGCCGACUGCCCGGCCUAUGAGCAAUACGCCCGCCAGCGGCACGAGCCCUUUUCGUGCGGCAAGUACAAGUUUCCGUACCAGCGCCCCGCGAAGGAGUGCCGCUCGUACGUGGUGCCCGAGGUCGAGCGUGUCAUCAAGGACAUGAAGGCAAAAGUGCACGACCCGGACCUGUACCGGCUCUUCCUCAACACAUGGCCCAACACGGUGGACACGACGGUGCUCUGGCGCGGGACGUCGGCCGACAACCCCGAAGAAGAGCUCGCGUUUGUCAUUACCGGUGACAUCAACGCCAUGUGGCUCCGCGACAGCGCCAACCAGCUGCAGUCGUACAAGCCCAUCCUCAACGACACGUCCGCCGGCAACGACACCAACACCGUCGCCGCGCUCUUCCGCGGCGUCAUCAACCUGCAGGCGCGGUAUCUGCGCAAGAACCCCUACUGCAACUCCUUCCAGCCGCCCGCCGAGUCCAAGAUCCCGCCCAUCCAGCACCGGCGGAAGCGCUCCUCCACCAGCCCCGAAGGCCACCGCCUGAACAACCUCGGUCGCCGGGACACGGUCUCGCCGCCCUACGACCCCAACGAGGUCUGGGAGUGCAAGUACGAGCUCGACUCCAUCGCCGCCUUCUUCCAGCUCUCGCACGACUACUUCUCCGCGACCGGCGACGCCGCCUUUUUCGGCAAGUUUGCCUGGCGCGAGACCGUGUCCGCGCUGCUCGACACGGCGCGCGGCCUCAUGGUCGGCACCUACGCCGACGACGGGCGCGUCAACCCCUCGCCGUACACCUGGUUCCGCGACGCCACCACGGCGACCGAGGUCGUCUCCAACAACGGCAAGGGCAACCCCGUCGAGGACCGCAUCGGCAUGGUGCGCAGCUUCUUCCGCCCGUCCGACGACUCCACCAUCUACCAGUACUUUGUGCCGGCGAAUAUGAUGUUUGCGCAGAACCUCAAGAACUGCGCCGUCAUCAUGGAGAGCGUGGAUGCCAAGCUCGCCAAGGACAUGGAGGACAUGGCCGCGGGCAUCAGAAAGGCAAUCGACGACUAUGCAGUCGUAAAGCACCCCAAAUAUGGCGAGAUUUACGCUUACGAGGUGGAUGGCUUUGGCUCCGUCAAUUUCAUGGACGACGCCAACAUCCCCUCCCUGCUCAGCAUCCCGCAUCUCGGCUACGAGGCCAACGACAAUGCCAUCUACAAGCGCACUCGCGACUUCGUCCUCAGCCGCUCCAACCCGUACUUUAGCACGGGGCCCGUCCUCAACUCGACCGGCGGGCCGCACCUGGGCCCCGGCAUGGCCUGGCCGAUGGGCGUCAUCAUGCGCAUCAUGACGAGCGACGACGACGACGAGAUUGCUGGCAGCCUGAAGAUGCUCAUGGGCGCCACCAGCGGCCUGGGCCUGAUUCACGAGUCCGUCAAUACCUUUGACGACACCAACUGGAGCCGUUCAUGGUUCGCCUGGGCAAACGGCCUCUUUGGCCAGAUGCUCAUCGAUCUCGCGGACAGAAAGCCCAAGAUUCUACAACGUAGCUUCCAAGACUAA